GUACUGAUGUCCUGGUAUCCAGAAACAGGCUGUGGUGUCUUCAUUAGGCUGGAACGUGACAAGAAAGUCGGAUGCGAAAUCCACGUGCGCCGUAGCACACUCAAGAAGAAUGACAGCACAUACAUUACCAGUUGUGAUGACGACUUCAAGAAAUACUGCAAAGGCGACACUCAGAUCGUGCAGUACGCUGCCAGCUGCACUCAAGAAACUGGGAUAUCUUGCCCUUCGAGCACACCGAAUGGAUGGAACUUUCCACAGGCAGGCCUGCAGGACGAUAUUAAAUGGAGAAGCCACGUUCCACAUGGUACCCAGGAAGAAGAAUGCUUGAGGACUAUUACUAUCGAUAAGAACGAAGCGUCGCAUCUACUGACCCAAACAAUAAAAUUACGGAAUAAGGCCAGCCAGGAAGAGAUUACUCUCAACCAAACGUACCAGUUCUACCAGGAUGAUCAGGGGAAGUACAACAUUUUCAACACAACACCAAGCUCACCUCCGCCUCAUGGAUCCUACCAGUUUCUCUACAGUGAUCCCCAGUGUGCCGUUGUAGAAUACAAGAGUUUUACGUUCAAUACUGAAGGCGCUACGGAGAGGGCAGACUCGACCUCUGAACACGCAACGAAGCCCUAUUGCUCGCUAUGGGUCCGCCACAAUGCCGUUAUGGAGAGCCAUACAUGUUGCGAGAGAUUCUUCAAUACGACUUGUGACACUUCAAACCUACACGUCAUGUACGAAGCAACUACCUGCGCUUCCAUUGCCAACUAGCAUAUUCGGCAGACGUUGGAAAUACUUGUGCUUGAAUACACAAAAACCUUCUCAAAUUAUGAAAUAUGUCUUUCUUGCCGGUUGCAUGUAUGUGUUAAAUAAAAAGCCUUCACUUCUUCGCUGCGGGGAAAGUGUAUAUUUUUUGGUA